AUGCCUGAACCAACAAGCUUGACCUUCGAUCUCCUCCCUGAUGAAAUCAGACAAAGCUCCGCCAUCGGUGCGGAAAUCCAACUGCCUCCAGGAAUGCCCCUGCUGGAUUUGGACCGCCUAACGGACUACGACAAAGAUACUCUCCGAAAGGCUCUUUUCGAGAACCAAGUCAUUGUCAUCAGAAAGCAAAAAGGCAUUGACCCUACUGUCUUGCCGACGCUCGCUAAGAUCUUCGAUCCUAAUGCAUCCGACAUCCAUUCCGCCGGGGAGAAAGCUGUGAGCGAUCCCAAGAACAUCUUGUCGGCAUACAAAGCCGGGAGAAUUCCCAGAGCCCCCCAAGUUGGAAUCAUUGGCUCGGGGAAGUUCCAAGAUUAUGAGGGUUUGAAGGAGUUGGAAGUGGUGCAUCUUGAUCACACAUUGUUUCACGAGGAGCCUCUGAGCCAAGAGGAAUUGGAUGAAGGUUAUACCCGUCCGUACCGGUGGCACAUGGAUACCCCUUUCUAUGAGCGUCAGCCGGGUGAAGUGACUAUCCUGCACUCAAUUCGCAGUCCCAGUGUACCGGAUCAGAAGAUCAAGUUCCCUGAUGGAAAAGAGAAGAUCAUCGGCGCUGGAGCCACGGCUUUCUUUUCCGGUGCUCGUGUAUUUUCCCUGUUAACGCCAGAGGAACAAGAGUUUGCUCUCAAUACCACAGUCACAUAUGCUCCUCAAGCAUAUGAGUAUAUCCGCCAAUGCAAAGCGUCCGAAGAUGGUCUGACAAUCCCGAAUUUUGGACGGGAGGUACCCGUGGAAAAAUUGUCGGAAUGGACAUGGGGCAAAGUUGCAGAGCACCCAAUGGUUUGGCGAAACCCGCUCAAUCCCGACCGGCCAUUCUUCCAGGUGCAUGGUUGUUGUGUUUACAAGCUCACCACACGGAACCCAGUGACCGGCGAGAUCACGGUAAUGGAUGAUGUUGAGAAGGUCAGAGAAGUGGUAUACAAGAUGCAGAGUAAGAUCUAUGCCGCUGAGAACAUCUAUGCCCAUCGUUGGCAAAAGGGUGAUGUGGUCAUUUUCCACAACAGAGGUGUAAUGCACAGUAUUACUGGCCAAUUAGCCCAGUACAAGGAACAGGAGGACAAAAGGAGGUUACUCUGGCAAUGCACGAUGACAAGCACAACUGCUCCCAAGCCCUUCCGAGAUUAUGAGGGAGUGAAUGACACGGGGUAUGCGAGGACAUAA